GCAUUUCUUUGACCUUCAUAUUUUCAUUUCUCAGUUUUGUGCCUGCUCUCAAGCGCCUGAGUUUGGGUCUCUUGUUUCUAGUAACCUAUACCUUGUCAAGCCUGUACAUCUCUGAUGAAUACCUCAUCUCAGAUGACUAUAUGGAGAAGCCCUUCUGGUUCCGUUGUGGUUACAUAUUGAUCUGGGGCAAAAUUAUACUCUACAAAUACGUAACUUGCUGGCUUGUUACGGAAGGUGUCUGCAUCCUUGCUGGUCUGGGGUACAAUGGGAAGGACCAGAAUGGAAAGCCUUUGUGGAAUGCUUGUGCCAACAUGAAGGUCUGGCUGUAUGAGACAACACCUUUGUUCACAGGGACGAUUGCUUCUUUCAACAUCAACACCAACGCUUGGAUAGCCCGCUACAUCUUCAAGCGUCUGAAGUUCCUGGGUAACAAACUGCUGUCACAGGCCCUGGCCCUGUUCUUCCUGGCCAUCUGGCAUGGGCUGCACUCUGGCUACCUGGUGUGCUUCCAAAUGGAGCUGCUUAUAGUCAUCGUGGAGAGACAGGUGAUAAACCUUGUUCGGGACAGCCCUCCCCUCAGCACUUUGGCCUCCAUUACUGUCUUGCGGCCCAUCUUCUACGUGCUGCAGCAGGCUAACCACUGGAUGUUUAUGGGUUACUCCCUGGUGCCAUUUUGCCUUUUCACCUGGGACAAAUGGAUGAAGGUGUACAGGUCUAUUUAUUUCUUUGGCCACGUGUUGUUCUUCACCCUACUAUUGGUGUUGCCUUACAUUCGCAGAGUACUUGUGCCACGAAAAGAAAAGCUAAAAAGAACAGAGUAACAGCCAAAAGAUUGUACCACCUGUGCAUUUGUAGGAGUUGAUUUAACACUCCGGAAGCAAAGCAUCACCUGCCAAGUUUGCUGUGUUGAAGUAUGACUUUUUAUCAAUGCGAGGAGGGGGAAAGGGAAAGCACAGGGUCAGAGACCCGACAGGAGGGGAUCAGAGUAAGCCUCCUUGAGCCCCUCCACCUUCUGUCUGUUGCCUUAUUGGUGCCGCCCUGCGGCCAGCACUC